AUGCGCGCUUCCAAGGCUGCCAAAAGAUCUCGUUCCACAUCCAACCGAGCUUCAACAAGUGCGCAGACACCGGUUGUCACGGAAAAGCAGGAAUCGCAACCAGAUAACAAUACCAGCGAACCAGUAAAUACAAUUGAACCGAUCAAAGAAAUUGAAGCAGUUGAAGAGGCGAAAGAGACAUUGCCGUCUCCGAAACCGAUCACGCCGGACGUUGUUGAAGAGGCUAAAGAGACAUUGCCGUCUCCGAAACCCAUCACGCCGGACAACGUUGAACAAACAGUUGAAGAGGAAAACACAGGCAUGCCACCUGAUUUCCCUCAACCUCUCGAAAAGUCAAAAAGUGUCGUAAGUUCGAGCCAACUUUCAAUACACAGUCAGUCAGGUGGAUAUAAAACAAUAAGGAAGAAUAUUGGAAGAAAUAAAGUUGCAAUUGUUGAAUUUGAAGUAGAGGACUGGUCGCAUGUUGAAACGAAGUUAGACACUUUGAAUACACAAUACAAGAAGAAAAAAUCAACAAAGAAAAUAAAGAGCUAUCCCAUACCAAAGUACAAUGUUCCCAGUAAACUUGGUUUAAGUUUACUUCCAAAAGCGAAACCAAAAGUUGAAACCGCCCCUCAGGACACUCCAUAUUUACCCAAAAUAAAGCAAAAGAAAAGGACUCGUGUCUCAAAAGACCAAACUACUACCACCACCACCACCAAACCAUCUCGAAAAGAAAAUAGGCAGAGUGAUCCUGAACAGAGAGUUACUCCUGUACCUCCUCCACCCACUGGCAAACAUGCUGAAGCUAAUACUAAAGUUACAUCUCCAAUACACCCUAAUGCUUCAACCGAAGACACGCCAAGUUCUACAGGCUGUCAAGAAAAUAGCGGCCCAGCAGACUUGUCUAAUAACGUUGAGCAACAGGAUACAGGGAGUCACGAAAACUAUGUCGAAAUGGGAGAUGAUGGUGAAGAUAUUAAAAAAAGUAAAAGGGAAGAGGCUGGUUUAACGAAUGAUGUUAAUACGCCCAUUACCAUAGAUCGUGACACAGCAACAUUGGAUUCAAACAUAGAAGAACCCAAUGAAAUAAGUUGCGAAGAAACCAGCUGCUCAGAGAGUAAUAAUCUGGAUCGACAAGAAGAUUCAGAAACUGCAGAAAAUUCUUCCGGGGUGAAAUCCAAACAGAAAAAGUUUGUGUAUGUUCACCCGGCUGACUUGAAAGAAUCUGGAAACAUUUCUGUCACCAAUACGGAAGGCCAACAGGAAAAUGAAGAAAAAGAAGCCAGAACACAAAUUGAUGUGAACAUUUCAGAGUCCCAGAAAGAGAACGCUAUAUUGUCGACACCGCCUCUAGCACAUAAAGGUAACACGAGCAGCACGGAAAAUCAGGAACCUGAGGAACAAACAGACGAUAACACUGACACCAUAAAUAUCGCUGAAAACUUGGAUGAAUCAAGCCCAGCUGUGGCAGGUGAAAAUGGGGACAUUAGUAUAGAAAAUGAAACAAAUACCAGCCAUAAACUGGACAUAGAAAAUGUUGAAAAUGAAAACGUUAUUGAACAUGUACCCCGUGUGUCUAGACAGACAUCUUUUAUUGUUGACAACAGCCAGAACCAAGACUGCGGUCGAACUUCCAGUAGGGCGAAUAGUGAGUUGAGAAGCGGGAAAGUAAAUGGUUACGAUCUUCCACCCAUUAAUGCUCAAAACAAUACUACAGACGAUAAACACCGUAUGGUGGAAAAGAAAAAUUCUGUGAAGUUCCACAAGGAGAAAAAGAUGGCACAAAAGAAACACCGUACGAGUGAUCAAGACGUAAAAGCAGUGGAAACAACUUUUCCAAAGAUUGAAUUGCUGGACUCACCGUCUAAAAUCAUAACAUCAACAAGUGCAGACAGUAUGACAGGCAAUCUCUCUCUAUUAGAAGACAAGUACCAGCAGUUAUUCCUGAUCGGAAACCAAAAUACUCGGAACUUUCUUAAUCCAAGAAUUGCUCGUGCGUACAUGUUAAUAAAACAAACAAAACUGGCAUCCAGAAGCAUGCCAGAAAUCGGAGGGAAGGGAAUAGAGUCGGUCCAUGCCAGAGAACGACGUAGACGACUUUCAACACUUAUGUGCCUCCCUUCCAUAAAAAGCGUGAGUGUGGGCGAAGUGGGGUUUUAUUACCGCUCGGGACAAUCGGGAGCUUCUCACGCGUCCCCCAGGCGUUGAUUUGUGGUAUACAUACUAGCGAAAAGGACCAGAUACAGCCAAUCUUGACAUGCAGGAAAA